CCUUCUCUCCAGCAAAUAAAGUUUUGAGGCCAGCGAACGAAGACGCAUACAAUAAAAGCUCCCUGAAGUAAGAACUGUGGGAGAAUGGCGGGCCCAGAAAUUUCUAUAAAGUUCCAUCUUUUUAACUGUGAUGACACUUAUAAGUUGGACUCAGUAGAAACCCUGUUGCUAAAAAUGGCAGACGAUCUUAACCUCAAAAUAUUGGUGGAUAAGGGAAACUUUCGCUUACGUGAAAUAUCGAAUGUGUGUGAAAACAUCAUUCGUCAGCUGCAGAUGGAUUAUGCUGUCCUUGUGGUCCAUGCACAUGAAUCUCGCCUCUCAAGCAACGAAGACAACGCUAGUAUUGGCUACGCGAAGGUCUACAGAGCUUUGCUGCGAGCGACUGGAGACAAAGGAUUGAUCGUCAUCGGUGGCGACGAUAGUUUUAGAGACGAUGAAAAAGAACAGUUUGUUAUCUCACGCUGGGCACGAAGGAAAGUGGCGUCACAGUUUGAUGAGGAGUAUCUCGAUGGAAGAAAAUUAAAAGCUUCAUUUUUUCUUGGAAUGAAGGGCACAGGGAAAUUCAUGAGGAGGCAUUAGAGCACUACCUCAACCCAAAUAAGAAAGGAGAGAAGUUUCAGAUUUCAGCUACACUACUAAACAGACACUAAUAUAGUGAACCAUUAGGUUUAUUUUGCAUGUUUCGGCCGAGCACCAGCGUACAAUAAUGAAGAAACACAUAUAGAAAACCGUUGCAUUCUCGGUAAUCGUUACCAAAGCACACGACAAAAAGACAUACCGAGAGCUUAGCAACCACUAGCAAACAUCGUGGUUAGAACGGCGGCCAGAAAAAACCUGCCAUAAAAAACCCCGUAGGGAAAAAGAGACAGGAAAUCUGGGUAGGAACCAGGCCCAAGCUCACGUAACCUUCCUACUAGGCUAUAUGCAUACUUACAAAAAAAAUAAAUAAAUAAACUUAG